AUGCCUAUUUGUACCAGACACUCCCUCAAUUUGAACAAGAUAAUCUCGCACACCAUUGUCUACAUCCCUUGUCCUUGGACUUACAAAGGAAUGUGCUUCUUUGCCAUAAGAGGCUGGUUCCGACGCGUAAAGCGGCACUGGACAACGGACAAGUCCAAUCCAAAGGGGAGGCUAAAUGAGGCACCCCUUGAAGCCACCAAGACCCUGCCCUGUCAGCCACUCUACCAUGACAUCCUCAGCGAUAAACGCCUUCUUCUCGCCACCCCCAAGGGCAACAAUGAAUCUGAUUCGACGGCAAGGCUAGUGACGCUGCCGCUACACGUCAUCGCCUUGAUCAGCAAUCAUCUCACCGAUACAUGCCGAAUGUCCUUGGCCCUUACCUGUCACUCACUCUCCCGUGCUCUCUUCAACCAUGAUGAACAACCUCAAAUCACCGUCUUGGAGAGCAGCGAGGAGUCUGGUCCAGGUUCAAAACUAGAGAAUAUGCCCCUUGAUAUCAUCUUCUUGGUUGGGAAUUAUCUCACAGAAGUAUCUCAACUGACGCUCGCCCUGACCUGUCGGUCACUCUACUCUGUUUAUUGCAACUACAAACAACCUCGACUCGCCACCCGCGGAGAAAGAGAGGAAUUUCUGCAGCUCCUUGAAAAGGAUGUAGCCAAUCUCUACUUUUGUUAUGAUUGCGUCCAACUCCAUCCUUGGAGUCAUACGUGGGAUCCUUGGGGAGAAAAGGAGUUUGAACUAGAGCCCUGCACCAACAGUGAUGAUCAUAUAGUUUUCUUCGGUGACAGCGGAAUACUUAUGUAUCAUCACACCCGACUUUUCGUCAAUCGUCACCUUUAUGGAACUGAGCAUGGACUGCCUCUUUCGAAACUGGAGGAUCAGCAGACUGAAAUAAGUCAAAACGGCGUUCGGGUCUAUACAACACGAAGCGUCCGAAUUAUAGAUAACGAGCUCUUUGUCUUAGCCACUUACAGGAUUGACCAUCCACAAGGUAAACAGCAGAAGCUACGUCGGUUCAUAGACAAGUCUGGUCACAGCAUAUGUCAUCAUGUCGAAACGACCCCAGAGCUCCUUGGCGAGUGGACAGUUAAAGAGCUCAAGCGGCCCACGUUCGACGUGCCCUUUACCGCCUGUGAAGACACCACAAGCUCAUGCCCCAUGUGCCUAACGGAUUACACAAUCAGCAUCACUUGGCGUGGAAAGGCUCAAGGCUGGGUUAUCGACAUCCGGGCUUACAAACUGCUGGGAAGCUGUCGCUCGCCAUAUCAAUGGGAGUGGAGGCCUGCAGCUUCAAUGAGCCAAGGUCCUUGCAUUAUCGAGCAGGAAUUGUGA